CCCACCCUGCCUGCUUUUCCCGGAAGUGGAGCUUCCACUCGGGAUUGCUGCUCUGCCCCGUAGCUCGGGGGGGGGGCGCUUUCGGAAAGAGGAGGGAGGAGGCAGGGGACCCCUCCCCCGUGGAUGUUGCAGGAAAGGAGAAUCGGGAGCGAGGACAAAGAGGGCCUGCCUUCACCUCAACAGAAUUCCCUAAUACACCAAGGAUUUGAGACCCAUCAGCUAUCCUCACCUGGUUAAGCCAGCCAGUUGAAGCCGUUCCUGGGAUUGUGGCCCCUAUUCCAUCCUGAUAGCUUCUGGAAGAAACAGGAUCAGGAUCCUCAGGAGCGUGUCCUGGCAGCCGGAUUAAGGCAGUGUCAGACUGACAGACAAGCUGAGAUACAAUCCAUCAAAAUUCAAUGACAGCGACUGCGUGAAUCUUCCCAGUCAAAGGACCCAUUUUCAUGAUAGACAGCCCCUGUGGCUGGAGGCUCAACACCCAGGGUGUGCCUAUACAGGCCAAAGACUGUCAGCAUUAGCACAGGGCCUUUCUUCACCUGCAGCAGAAUUCCCCAACCCACCAAGAAUUUGAGACCCAUCAGGUAUCCUCACCUGGUUUAGCCGGUCGGUUGAAGCUGUUCCUGGGAUUGUGGCCCAUAUUGGAUCCUGAAAGCUUCUGGAAGCCACAGGAUUCCCUUUCCUCCCACUCUGAAGGAGAUGGAGAAGACAGUCAGAACUCCAGGGGAUGGGGCACAAUUCCCCCCCAUUAGGGAUAGAAAUUAAAAUGUGUGAAAUGUGGAAUAUGCUUCAUUGAAUGAGCACACAUAGUUCACAUCAACGACCUCCAGCAGGGGAGAAACCGUUUAAAGGUAUGGAGUGCGGGAAACGUGUCAUGGAUAGUGGAAAACUUAGAGCAAAUCAGCAGACUCACAUGGGCAGGAAAGGACUGCAAUGCAGGGAGUGUGGGAAGAACUUCAGUCAACAUGGACACUUAAGAUUACAUCAACGGACUCACACAAGGGAAAAAACUUUUAAAUGUCUGGAUUGUGGAAAGAGCUUCUAUCGGAGUGAUAAACUUAGGAGACAUCAACGGAUUCACACGGGGGAGAAACCAUUUAAAUGCAUGGAGUGUGGAAAGUGCUUCAGUCAGAAUGGAAACCUUAGAAAACAUCAACGGACUCACAUGGGGGAGAAACCAUUUAAAUGGAUGGAGUGUGGAAAGUGCUUCAGUCAGAGUGGACACCUCAAUAUACAUCUACAGACUCACACAGCGGAGAAACCAUAUAAAUGUAUGGAGUGCGGAAAGAGCUUUAAGGAUAAUGGAACACUUAGAAGACAUCAACAGACUCACACGGGGGAGAAACCAUUUAAAUGCAUGGAGUGUGGAAAGUGCUUCAGUCAGAGUGGACACCUCAAUAUACAUCUACAGACUCACACAGCGGAGAAACCAUAUAAAUGUAUGGAGUGCGGAAAGAGCUUUAGUGAUAAUGGAAACCUUGGAAAACAUCAACGGACUCACACGGGGGAGAAACCAUUUAAAUGCAUGGAGUGUGGAAAGUGCUUCAGUCAGAAUGGAAACCUUAGAACACAUCAACGGACUCACACAGGGGAGAAACCAUUUAAAUGUUUGGAUUGUGGAAAGAGCUUCAGUCAGAAUGGAGAACUUAAAUUGCACCAGAGGAUUCACACAGGGGAGAAACCAUUUAAAUGUUUGGAGUGCGGAAAGAGCUUUACUGAUAAUGGAAACCUUAGAAGACAUCAACGGACUCACACAGGAGAGAAACCAUUUAAAUGCAUGGAGUGUGGAAAGAGCUUUACUGAUAAUGAACACUUUAGGAGACAUCAACGGACUCACACAGGGGAGAAACCAUAUAAAUGUAUAGAGUGCGGAAAGAGUUUUAGUGAUAAUGGAAGCCUUAGAACACAUCAACGGACUCACACAGGGGAGAAACCAUAUAAAUGUAUAGAGUGCGGAAAGAGCUUUAAUGAUAAUGGAAGCCUUAGAAGACAUCAACGGACUCACACAGGGGAGAAACCAUAUAAAUGUAUAGAGUGCGGAAAGAGUUUUAGUGAUAAUGGAAGCCUUAGAACACAUCAACGGACUCACACAGGGGAGAAACCAUAUAAAUGUAUAGAGUGCGGAAAGAGCUUUAAUGAUAAUGGAAGCCUUAGAAGACAUCAACGGACUCACACAGGGGAGAAACCAUAUAAAUGUAUGGAGUGCGGAAAGAGCUUCAGUCGGAGUGAACACCUUAGAAAACAUUGGCAGACACAUGACGGAGAAACUGUUUAAAUGUAUGGCUUGUGGUAGGAGCUGCAGUCAGAGUGGAACCCUUGAUUUAUGUCAACAAACUCACACAAAAGACAAACCUUAUAAAUAUCAGGAAAGUAGAUAGAGGUUCAGUCCUAGUGGAAGUUCUAAAUCAACAGACUCACGGACAGGAAGAACUUUUCGAGUUGAAACCUUACAAACCAUCAACAAACUCAAAGAGGAGAAGCAAUUUAAAUGGAAAGAUUGCAAAAGUG